AUGGCACGAGUCUAUGUAGAAUUGGAUCUUCUCAAGGAGCAUCCUAUUCGAAUCAGGCUGGGAGUUGAAGGGAAAGAGACACAAAUCAUUGAUGUGGGAGCUGACAAACCGCCUCCGAUAGAAAAGGCUGUCGCGCAACAAGCCAAUGCUGACCAGAGAAACACCAAGGACGUGGUUGCUGCUAAAGAGGCCCAACCUCCAGAUGAAGCCGCUGAACACCAAUACCUUUCUGAAACCCUGCUGAUCUGCGGGCAUCUCUUGAUGAUGCCGCGAAUUAUCAAUAUCGCUGCUCCGAAUGCUACACCGAUGAACCGUGGAGUGAAUCCAAUUUCUGCACCAUCAAUUGCUGCCCAAAUUGAAGCAACUUCACCGCCGGCAAUGGAAGGUCGGCAGGAGUCACCGGCGAGGAAGGAAGAUCAUACAACAAGUCCGCGAAUCCCUUGCGCGUCAGUUGCGGCUGCGAUUGUUGCGGACUUCGCAGCUGUGCAACUGAGUCAUGUAGCGUCAGCGGCUGAUCCGGCGCAUUCAAAUUUGAAUGAAGAUAAGUCGCACUCAAUCACUUUGGACAACCCGGCGCUUUCAAAUGUUGCGACAUCAGCGGCCAAAUCAGCAAAGCCAAAAGAGGAGAAUCUUAUCCCCACAAAUCAGAAUAUCACCCUUUUAAAUGAGGAUAAUACGAAUUCUAGCUCUCCAAUUUGCUCUCCAAUUCCGCCUCCCUCUCCCUCAAAGUAUGGAAAAGUAAAUUCGCAAAAAAUCACUAACGAAGGCAACGCACACAAAUUGAACCCUGCUGCACCGGAAUUUUCUCUUUUCUCUUCAUCACAAAUACAGAUUCUCCAAGUUUUACUAUCCAUUUCAGCCGAAAAAUGA